CAACGAAUGAGUUAGGAGAAAUAACAAGAGGAACCUACUAAAUUUGGAAAGGCAAUGUAUGACUAUCAUUAUUACAUUCUUCAGAAAUGAGCAAAUAGGAGAAUUGAUGGAUCAUCUCGACAGAGAACACGACAGUGAAGAUGAAGGCAUGGAAGAUUAUAAAAUUGGAGGUUGCUUUUAUCAAUAAGGUUUUUAGGUUAUCAUCCAGUGCAUAUUGGUGAGAUAUUACUUAACCGAUACGUGAUUAUUUAAAAAUUAGGUUGGGGACACUUCUCUACAGUCUGGUUGGCAAAGGAUUUCAAAUAUGAUACAUAUGUUGCAUUAAAAAUUCAAAAGAGUGCUUCUCAUUAUUUGGAAGCAGCAUAUGAUGAAGUACAUAAACUAAUUUAUCAAUUAGGUUGAAAUUCUUCAAAAAGUUGCUUAGAAUGUUCAAAAUCCCGUUUGGAUUCAGUCUUUAAAAGAAUAUUAUGCAGAUGUAAAAUUAUAGUAUAUAAAUUGAUAGUAAGGAAGAACAUCUUUCAACAGGGAUGACACUCACACUGUUUAAUUGUUAAAUUCAUUUGUCUAUAAGGGACCCUAUGGUCAUCAUUUCUGUAUGGUUUUUGAGAUUUUGGGUGUCAAUUUGCUAGAAAUCAUUAAACGAUAUGAAUACAAAGGAGUAAUCAAUUCAUUUCAUUUUAGUGUCCAAUGGAUAUCACUAGAAGAAUGGCUAAAUAAAUUUUAAUAGGAUUAGAUUAUCUUCAUAGAAUAUGUGGAGUAAUUCAUACAGAUUUGAAACCUGAAAAUGUUUUACUCUGUUUAUCAGACGAAGAGAUAAAAGAUAUUGUUGAGAACGGAUAGUUGACUUCUAAUUAAUUAUUUUCAGAUAGAAUUCACAUCUACAGAUAAAUGUUAGGAAUUGAGAAACCAACUGUUCCAGAACCAACUGCAAAAAAGGAUGAUGAUGAAUUAAGUGAAAGCACUACACAUUUAUCCAAGACUCAAAAGAGAAAAUUAUUAAGGAAAAAGAAAUAGAAGCAAUAAAAUGAAGAAUCAAGGAAGGAAUCACAUGAAGUUCAGGUUGAUUAAAUUGAAAUGCCAAAAUCCAUUAAGGAAUUAUUUUAACAAUAAAAGAAGUAAAUUAUCCCAAUAUUUUAUAAGAAUAUCUUUUACUUAAUAAAAGAAAUUACCAGAUAAUUUUCGUUUGAAAAUAGCUGAUCUCGGAAAUGCAUGUUGGAUUCAUCACCAUUUUUCAACCUUAAUUUAAACGAGAUAGUAUAGAUCACCUGAAGUUUUACUGGGUAUCAAAUACAAUCCCACAGCUGACAUAUGGAGUUUUGCUUGCAUGAUCUUUGAAAUGCUCACAGGAGAUUACUUAUUCGAACCAAGAUAAGGACCUAAUUUUUCAAAGAAUGAGGAUCAUUUAGCCUAGAUUCAAGAAUUACUCGGCAAAUUCCCAUAUGAAUAUAGUACAAGGGGAGCCAAAGCGAAGGUAUUUAACAUCCUAAAUAAAUAGAGGUAUUUCUAAUAAAAUGGACAAAUGAAAAGAAUACCACAGUUGCAUUUCUGGAAUUUGCAUAAUGUUUUGACUGAGAAAUACAGAUUUAAGUAAGAAGAGGCUUUGUCUUUUGCUUCAUUCAUGAUGCCCAUGUUACAUCAAUUACCAGAGUAUAGAACUACAGCUCAAGAAGCUUUAAAGAGAGAAUUAUGUUAGAACAAUUUAGAUCCAUAAAUAAGGAAAUCUCUACUUAAGAAAUACAUCGAUUAGAUAUUCUAAUUUUAGAAUUUCAGAGACCUAAUUCCCAGUUCUGGCUGGUUGUAAUAAAAAACAGAUCCUGGAGUGGGGCACAAAAUGAAUGAGGAUGAAUACAAAAAGUAUACAAAAUAAAAGAAAGUCAAUGAAGAAGUAGAAUAAUUGGAUUAGGCUGUUGAUGGCAUUUAACCUACUUUGUUGUCGAAUUAUAGAAGAGUAUUUACUCCUUAUUAAUCAUUAGGCUUCAACCAGAUCAUAUAAUGGUUCUAAUUCUUAGACUCCUUAAUAGGAUAAAUUUAAAAAGCAGGAUGGAAAGUAUGUAGAUCACAGGGUUAUUGACAGAUCAUUUACAGAUUUGGGAUAUAUUGGAUACGGAGAUGGAAUCGAUUUAGAAUAAUUAGACAGUACAGGAAAUUGGUAAUUUAGUUGAUC